AUGGAAGAAAUUGAGAAUCAGUCAAAACGAAGAAUAGUUUCGAAAAAAGAAAUAAAUGAAUUAAGCAUUUAUAUUGGAGGAUUUAAAUACUGGAAAUUUCUAAAUGAAGAUUGUAAAAUUGAAGUUUUAAAAUAUUUGGAUUAUUGUUCAAGAUGUCAACUUUCAAUUUGUUCGAAAUCGGAUCACAAACUAGUUUCCAUAACUCCUCUGUAUGUUUAUGAAAUUGAAAUAAGUGACAAUGAGAGAAGCCUUCAUUCUACUUCUACAAAAGAUUUUGAAAAUAUUGUUGUCCGUGUUAAAUUCAGUCAAUUUUCCGGCUAUCGAUUUGAAGUUGUCUUCUGGCAAGUUGAGGAAGAUGUUCACAUUCGAUGGUUUAAAUAUUUUGGAUUUAAACAAAAAUCUGUCCGAUCAUUAAUAUGGAAAUCCUGUAACUAUUAUGAACAAUCUGUCAAAUUCGCAGAAAAGUGGAUGAAAGUUUGCAAUUAUGAGUUUCAAUCUAUCAAUGUUGACAUGAACAAAUAUCCAAUGAAAAGUAGUACAGUCAGAAGCUUAGCGCGUUGCAAAACAAUUCGAAUUAAUGCAACGGAUAUUGCCACGUAUUCAUGGUGGCUUGAAAAAUGCCCAGAAAAAUUGGAUUAUCUUGAAUUGAAAACUCUUUAUUCGAAUAAAGACACAUUCACAAUUCCAACGGAUUUUCUGGAUUUUUCACAGAUAAAGAAUGCCGGAACCUUUUAUUUUUGGUGUCGCUCUGCAUUCACAGACGAGCAAUUUCUAAAUUUAAAAGCAAAAAAAUUUGGAUUCCAUUGUGUUAACAUAACUGCUAAUGGCAUUAAUGAUUUCAUUAAGAAAUGGGUCAAUGGACACGGAGUAAAUGAAUUUCAAAAGGCUUUGCUAUGGUCUGCGAAAUUAAAUAAUUCUUUUAUGAUAAUGAGAGGAAUUGAAUUUCGUUCAUGGGAUCAAACAUUUCGAGAGCAAGAAGCGGAAUUUUGUUCUGCCUUCAAUGAAGAAUUUCUUGAUGGAGAGAAAAUACAAGUGUACAGUAGAAUUGAUCCAUAUGAGAGUAUCACUAUUUACUUUUCACCUGACACAAUUUCAAUUAUUGCAACUGGGCAUAGAAUGACUCGAAAUAAGAAGACGUUCACUAGAUAUCAAGUUCCUUGA